AUGAGUUAUGGAGAAAGAGAAAAACUUAGAGUGAUGAUACAAGAUCUGAAAAACGCAGGUAUUGUCGUGGAUUCGACAUCAGACUUUGCAAGCCCCAUCUUAAUCGUGAAGAAGAAGACAGGAGAUGAAAGAAUCUGUAUAGACUACCGUGCACUAAACAAGAUUACUAAAAAGAUGACACAUCCCUUACCAUUGAUUGACGACCAACUAGACAGAUUGGCAGGAAAUGAAUACUUUACAACAUUAGACAUGGCAUCAGGAUAUUACCAGAUACCUAUGGAUAAACAAUCACAGAGAAAGACGGCAUUUAACUGUCGAGGAAGGUAUCAUGAAUCUGGAAGAGGUUUUAAAAGUGAUCAGAAAAGCGAAGCUAAAAUUGAAUAUGAAGAAGUGCUACUUUUUACAAAAAGAAAUAGAAUACCUUGGGUUCAAAAUUUUGAAAAUGGGGGUGAAACCAGGAAGAAAGAAACUAAAUGGAGUACUAAACGUACACGAGAAUUCAAAUGGGCAAAUGAACAACAUGCGGUGUUUGAAAAAUUGAAGAAUGAACUUGUCUCUACUAAAGUAUUAGCAUUAUUUGUUGCAGAUGCUUAUACAGAGGUGCACACAGACAUUAGCAGUGGUAUGGACAAUGGAUAA